AUGGCUCCGCCGACGGAGGCUUCCGUCACGUCUGAUGCGCCUAUCAUCGACAAGUACAAGCAUGCAGACGACUUGGUUGAGAUUGAAGUGCAGUUUAGCAACAAAAGGCGACAGAAGGUGUUAAUCUCUCGGAAGGCGCUUUCCGCGGAGAACAAGCUUGGUGAAGCAUCCAAGGUUGACAGCACUAUCAAAGAUGAGUCGCUGGCUCGUCCGAGCCCAAGAACAAGAUCGCAGAGAGAUAGCAAGAUCGUUGACAGCACUUGCGAUGAAAAGGCUGUUCAGCAGUCGAAGACAGCUACCCAGAAGGAGGAAGUGAAGCGCGCUGAGACCUUGCAUGUAUCCACCGAGAAGAAGUCGAACUCCAGCGCCGCUAAGUCUGCUGUAACGCGCUCGUCCAAGAAGGCUGCCGCACCUAAGUCCAUCGCCAACAAGCCUACUGUGACAUCACAAGAGGUCACUACCAAGCUCUCCGAAGACGCCUCCCGCGGCUCAAUGACUUCCACAUUUUCCAAGGAGACCGCUACGGCCAAGGACAAGGUGGCUCCUUUUACACAGAAGACUGUCGUGCCUACCAGCCGUGUCCCCACCACCACACAGGCUCCAAGUCCACUUGCUGCUCGCAAGACUCCAAAGGACACCAACGUGCCAGCGCCUACCAAGCCUACCAAGUCACAUGCGGCAACAUCAAUGACCGAGUCGCCAACAUCCAAGUGUAAUGCCAACGGCAACUGUAUUGAUAAGGGCAAUUUCGUUCGUCCGGAUACACCUCGUAAGCUAGCAGAGCCGGUCCUGACUCGUAAACCUUACAACGAGGCUGCCAAGUCCUCAGUUCGUAACGCACCAGCUGCUACACCGACGGCUGAUAUUGAUGGGCGCGCAACUUUGCAAGACAAGGCCAACAAGCGCAAGUCCGCACCUUGGUUUCAAUCAAAACCAUCUGCUGAUACUAGCACGCCUUCGCAACCCGCCAAACCACUCGAGCCGACUUCCAAGCGCCAGCGUGCCACUGAGGACACUCAUCCUACCGAGCGCCCUACCAAGAAGCUUGCGACGAAGCAGACUGCUAUUGAGGACAUCAACCACGUCGACUCUAAGCCCGCCGUCGAGUCCAACGCAGACGCUCUUGUUGAUGCUAUAUCAUCACCAGAGCUCGUCCAUGACCAACUCGCCAUUGACGGGACCUUCCAGGGAGUCGCAGCAGGCAAGCAAUGCACCUAG